AAACGAUUAAAGCCUUAAUAGCAUCAGCCAGGAUCAUACCACGGAUUAGAGUGAUUUUCAGGUUCUUCCUAUCGUCAGAUUAUUGAGUAUUAAAGUACCUUAGCUGCCGGCCGUUCGAUGACGUCACCUAAAAGCUCCACCACUCCAGCACUGGCAGUAACGAACCGCAUCCUACGCUCACCGUCCCACGAAAGUUUUUCCACCGAUCUGUCGCUGAUAUCGAUUUCCGUAUCGUCGAUGAACUCGGAAGCGACGAGCGUCCUGAACCGGUCCAGCUGUAGCCUGCUGAACCGCACAAUGGAAGAAAAGCUGGGCAGUCUGUUGAAUCCGAAGGAUAGCAAACGAAAUCGAUCGUCAACGUUGACGGAACGGUGGAACGAAAGCAACGAUCUGAUUCGCAACUGUGCCACACUUUCGGCGGCGCUUGGCAUCCACAAGAGCUUUAGCACCACCGACAUCUACCAGCUGCCGUCGGAUCAGCAGAAUCUGGGCCGGUUGUCCACCUCCGAACUGGCACUGUCCCCGUUCCAGAAGGUGGGUUAUCUCUUCGACCAUUCCCGGUUGGAGCACGCAUCCCGCUCGUACUCGACGUGGGUUGCGGUGGGCGAACUGGCAUCGACCUCACAGCUACCAUCGCCCCACGGUGGCCAAGCAGCCCCCGUACCGACGCUUACCAGCACCAACACCGCCCCGAGCUUCACCGUGUCGGAUCUGAUCAGCUCGGUGAACAAGAAAAUCCGCCAGAACUAUAUCCGCCGGCGGCUGUUCACGACCUACCGAGCCCUGGAACGACUGUCGCAGAGUGAGUUCAAUCUCGACCGGCUCGAGGCGGCUGCCUUCGCUGCCACUAAUCCGGGCCCCACAGAGCUGAUCGUCCCAUCGACCACCAUGUCCAACGCGUCUGCUUCGCCGGUCGCAGGCAAGUCCACCGGAUCGCCGGCCCCGAUCAGUGAAGGGGGGCUCGCGGAUCACGGCUCUGGAACCGUGCCGCUGAAGAAGUCCAGCAGUACAAGCGGCGCGGCCGGAGGUAGUAACUCUCGCGGGCAUCACGGUCCCAAGAAACACCUCACCUUCCACGAUAUCGAAAACGAGCGGGGCAAACCGUUGUCCAAGUACGAGCGCCAUAUGCUGAUCUUCAACUGGCUGCACACCAUCGACGACACGGCACUGGAGCUGGAAAACUGAUCCCCCCAGGAUGACCUCCGGGCGGACAUCGGUCCUGUGCUCAGGGGUGCGAAAAAAUCGGGUGCAAUAAACUAA